AGCUAGGAGGAUCUAAGUAGACAACGAGUCCUCUGGACAGAGCCAUUCCAGGCUGAGGGUUUGCUGCCGGUGGGCUCGGCUCUGCGUGGGAAGGAAUGACGAAGAACAAGUUGAUGGUCCUCUGUUGCCUGCUUUAACCUCCCGUGGACAUGGGCAGAAGCUCUCAUUGGGGCUGCAGCUUUGGUCUGACUCCUGCCAGUGACAGAAGCACUCCGGUGCAGAGGCACCGUGAGAAUGAAGAGAAGAGGAACCUUUCCCUAGGAGGCCAUGUCGGCUUCGACAGUCUCCCCGACCAGCUGGUCAGCAAGUCUGUCACACAAGGCUUCAGCUUCAACAUCCUCUGUGUGGGUGAGACUGGCAUUGGGAAAUCCACGCUGAUGAACACCCUCUUCAACACCACCUUCGAGACCGAGGAAGCCAGCCACUACGAGAGCGCCGUGCGCCUGCGGCCGCGCACCUACGACCUGCAGGAGAGCAACGUCCACCUCAAGCUGACCAUCGUGGACGCCGUCGGCUUUGGGGACCAGAUCAACAAGGACGACAGUUACAGGCCCAUCGUGGAGUACAUUGAUACGCAGUUUGAAAACUACCUGCAAGAGGAGCUGAAGAUUCGCCGCUCCCUCUUCAACUACCACGACACCAGGAUCCAUGUCUGCCUCUACUUCAUCACCCCCACCGGCCACUCGCUCAAGUCCUUGGACCUGGUGACCAUGAAGAAGCUGGACAGCAAGGUGAACAUCAUCCCCAUCAUUGCCAAAGCAGACACCAUCUCCAAGAGCGAGCUGCACAAGUUCAAGAUCAAGAUCAUGAGCGAGCUGGUCAGCAAUGGUGUGCAGAUCUAUCAGUUCCCCACCGACGACGAGGCAGUGGCUGAGAUCAACUCGGUGAUGAACGCUCAUCUGCCCUUCGCCGUGGUCGGCAGCACAGAGGAGGUGAAGGUUGGCAACAAGCUGGUGAGAGCUCGGCAGUACCCCUGGGGAGUGGUGCAAGUGGAGAACGAGAGUCACUGCGACUUCGUGAAGCUGCGGGAGAUGCUGAUCCGGGUCAACAUGGAGGACCUGCGGGAGCAGACCCACACCCGCCACUACGAGCUCUACCGGCGCUGCAAGCUGGAGGAGAUGGGCUUCAAGGACACCGACCCGGACAGCCAGCCCUUCAGCCUCCAAGAAACAUACGAGACCAAAAGGAAAGAGUUCUUGGGUGAGCUCCAGAAGAAGGAGGAAGAGAUGAGGCAAAUGUUUGUUAACAAAGUCAAGGAGACAGAAGCAGAACUGAAAGAGAAAGAGAGAGAGCUGCAUGAGAAAUUUGAGCACUUGAAAAGGAUACACCAGGAGGAGAAGAGGAAGGUGGAGGAGAAGAGGAGGGAGCUGGAGGAAGAGAUGAAUGCCUUCAACAGGCGGAAAGUCGCGGUGGAGACCUUGCAGUCCCAAUCCCUGCAGGCUACCUCACAGCAGCCACUCAAGAAGGACAAAGACAAGAGAAGCAGAUCAGUAAUAACAGGAAGCCAGCCAGGAGUCUGCCUCUCCAGCUCGAAGGUGCUGAUCACCAAAGCCAGCGUGGAGCCCUUAAACUGCACUAGUUGGUGGCAGGCCAUACAGUGCUGCAGCUGUUUGGUCAAGAACGCGACCUGGCGAGAAGGAUUCCUCUGAGGCAGCCCUCUGGGCUCAGUUGGACAUCACCAUGGCAUGGAACUGGAGAGAAGAUAAAGUAUAGACAUAUAUAUAUAAAUAUAUAUAUAUAUAUAUAUAUAUAAAGAAGCAGAGGUCAGUCAACUUUGUCUGUUUUUCCUAUGUUCUCAACCAGAAGUGCAGACUAAUCCAAUCUCCUCUCGGGAGACCCUAAAGGGGUUUCCUCCCUUCUCCCUUUUUACUCUGUGCUUUGUGUUUGUGCUUGCCAAGCACUCAGCUGGUUUGGGUUGGGGUUUUUGGGGGGGAUGGGUGGUUGGGUUCUUUUUUGAGCUGAUGAAUGUACAAGGUCUGUGUUUCCUGACAACUUCUGCAGUUUCUACGUUCCCCAGGUUGCUGUCCAGGAGAAGUCACUUCUGGCCAGCAGGGAUGAGUAGAGUAAAACCAGGAGUAAGGACUGCACUCUGCAUUUCCUGAGGAAACAAGCACCUAAGGCAGGCAGUUGUCACAAUCAGCAGCCUAAGCUGGCCAAAUAUUUGCACAUAACCUUAAUAAAAAGGGCCCCCAGGGUGGAUGGCUUUUGCCUUACCAGCACAUGAAGACAACAAAUGGAAUCCUGUUUCUCUUGAGUGUGAACUGAGUGCCAGGUGGGGGCUGUCUAAAAGGAGGGGGAACAGUCAGCAGCAGGAUGAGGAGGAAAAUGGUUUCAGAAGAAAAACCAAACCCCUGAACCUGUCUGUGUGUGUGAAAUGUAGCAAAGCUCUGACAGCUUUCUCUGUACAGCAUCCAUAGGAUGGAGAGAGUUAGAAGUAUUUUUACAAGUGUGUAUUUCAUGAGUACCAGAGGAGAGGUCUGAGUGAGGGGGAGCCUUUGGAAUGCCCAUUGGGGAUCUCCUCUAAAGGUGAGGAGUGAAUUCUGCUUUCUUUUUGAGCACAGUGAAUGGUUUGAAAGAGCAGAAAGGGUUCAAGAUCCAUUUCCAAAGCAGUCACUGUAAGAGUCUUUAAAGUGCAGGUGGGAUAGAAGAGGUUGGUUGGAAUGCUGCAUGGAGUCAUUCAGUGUGGGAAUCUUUUUCAUGUCCAUUUUAGUUCUCCUCUGAAGGUGGCAGUGAAUUCUUCUUGGGGUUGAGCAAAAUGAAAGGUUUUAAGUAGCAGAAAAUGUAAAAAUUCAACUUAAAAAGAAGUUUCUGCAAUAGGUUGGAGGAGGUUGUUUGGGGAGGGUUCUUUGGGACUCAGCUGCAUGGAGUUGUGCAGUGUGGGGAUCUUUUCCAUGUCCAUUUUAGUUCUCCUCUGAAGGUGGCAGUGAAUUCUUCUUGGGGUUGAGCAAAAUGAAAGGUUUUAAGUGGCAGAAAAUGUAAAAAUUCAACUUAAAAAGAAGUUUCUGCAAUAGGUUGGAGGAGGUUGUUUGGGGAGGGUUGUUUGGGACACAGCUGCAUGGAGUUGUGCAGUGUGGGGAUCUUUUCCAUGUCCAUUUUAGUUCUCCUCUGAAGGUGGCAGUGAAUUCUUCUUGGGGUUGAGCAAAAUGGAAGGUUUUAAGUGGCAGAAAAUGUAAAAAUUCAACUUAAAAAGAAGUUUCUGCAAUAGGUUGGAGGAGGUUGUUUGGGAAGGGUUGUUUGGGACACAGCUGCAUGGAGUUGUGCAGUGUGGGGAUCUUUUCCAUGUCCAUUUUAGUUCUCCUCUGAAGAUGGCAGUGAAUUCUUCUUGGGGUUGAGCAAAAUGAAAGGUUUUAAGUGGCAGAAAAUGUAAAAAUUCAACUUAAAAAGAAGUUUCUGCAAUAGGUUGGAGGAGGUUGUUUGGGAAGGGUUGUUUGGAACUCAGCUGCAUGGAGUUGUGAGUUAAGGGAACCUUUUGCAUGUCCACUUCAGUUCUUCUUUUAAGAUGGGAGUAAAUUUUGGUUCUGAGCAAAACAAAAGGAUUUUAAUAGCAGAAAAAGUUUAGGUUAAAUUAAUCACUGAAGCAUUCUUUAAAAUGCAGAUGGGUUACAAGAGGUUGUUUGGGAAGGGUUGUUUGGAACUCAGCUGCAUGGAGUUGUGCAGUGUGGGGAUCUUUUUCAUGUCCACUUCAGUUCUCCUCUAAAGAUGGGAGUAAAUUUUGGUUCUGAGCAGAACAAAAGGAUUUGAAUGGUAGAAAAGCUUUAAAUUAACUUAAUCAUAGAAUCAGUCAGGGUUGGAAGGGACCACAAGGGUCAAAAUGUAGAUGGGUUGCAAGAGGUUGUUUGGAACUUAAAUUCUUAAGGUUGUGCAUUGUUUAUCUUUGUAACAUCCACUUUAGCAUUCCUCUGAAGAUGGGAGGAAAUUUUACUUUUGAGCAAAACAAAAGGACUUGAGUAGUGGGGGAAAAUAAAUGAAUCAAUCUCUGUAAUUAAAUGAAUCAAUUCUGCAGAAUGCAGAUAGGUUGGAAGAGGUUCUUUGGGAAGGGUUGUUUGGAACCCAACUGCACAGAGUUGUGAGUUAAGGGAAUCUUUGGCAUGUCCACUUCAGUUCUCCUCUAAAGAUGGGAGUAAAUUUUGGUUCUGAGCAGAAUAAAAGGUUUUGAAUAGUAGAAAAGGUUUAAGUUAAAUUAAUCACUGAAGCAUUCUUUAAAAUGCAGGUGGGUUACAAGAGGUUGUUUGGAACUCAGCUGCUUAGAAUUGUCAGUUAAGGGAACCUUUGGCAUGUCCACUUCAGUUCUUCUCUAAAGAUGGGAGUAAAUUUUGGUUCUGAGCAGAACAAAAGGAUUUGAAUGGUAGAAAAAGCUUUAAAUUAAAUUAAUCACUGAAAGGUUCUUUAAAAUGCAGGUGGGUUACAAGAGGUUGUUUGGGAAGGGUUGUUUGGAACUCAGCUGCAUGGAGUUGUGAGUUAAGGGAACCUUUUGCAUGUCCACUUCAGUUCUCCUCUAAAGAUGGGAGUAAAUUUUGGUUCUGAGCAGAACAAAAGGAUUUGAAUGGUAGAAAAGGUUUAAGUUAAAUUAAUCACUGAAGCAUUCUUUAAAAUGCAGGUGGGUUACAAGAGGUUGUUUGGGAAGGGUUGUUUGGAACUCAGCCACAUAGAAUUGUGUGUUAAGGGAACCUUUUGCAUGUCCACUUCAGUUCUUCUUUAAAGAUGGGAGUAAAUUUUGGUUCUGAGCAGAACAAAAGGAUUUGAAUGGCAGAAAAGGUUUAAGUUAAAUUAAUCACUGAAGCAUUCUUUAAAAUGCAGGUGGGUUACAAGAGGUUGUUUGGGAAGGGUUGUUUGGAACUCAGCUGCAUGGAGUUGUGAGUUAAGGGAACCUUUUGCAUGUCCACUUCAGUUCUUCUUUAAAGAUGGGAGUAGAUUUUUGUUCUGAGCAGGACAAAAAGAUUUGAAUGGUAGAAAAGGUUUAAGUUAAAUUAAUCACUGAAAGGUUCUUUAAAAUGCAGGUGGGUUACAAGAGGUUGUUUGGGAAGGGUUGUUUGGAACUCAGCUGCAUGGAGUUGUGAGUUAAGGGAACCUUUUUAAUAUCCACUUCUCCUGCAAAGAUGGGAGUCAUUUUUUCUUUCCUGAAUAAAAGGAUUUAAGGAAUAGAAUCUUUUGUUAAUUCCCUGACAAAGAAGUCACUGUAACAUUCUGUGAAAUGCAGAUGGCUUAGAAGAGGUUGUUUGGGAAGGAUGUGUGUGUGUGUGUGUGUGUGCAUCUCUGUUUUCUAGCCUGAUUGGCUAAGGAGCUGUUUUCUUUUAAAGAGACAUAAAUCCACCACAAGUAGUGCUUACAAUGCUGAAGAGAUCCAUUGGUGUUGCUGUGUACAGAUCCCAGUGAAGCUUAUCUAGCUUAAUUCUUUCCAUUCUCAAGAUUUCAGCUGGAGAGCAUUUACAACCACUCUGCACUGCAGCAUCUCCACCGAUGGCAUUACCUGUAAAAAAAACCAUCUAUGACAGAAACUAAUAAAGCAGCCAACAUCCUA